AUGGAUCAACUGAACAUCCACGACUCGUUCUAUUACCAAUUCGAGCUGCUCAAGCAGGAGCUGACGAAGUUUCUGAAUGACUUUGAUGAAAACGUCAGAGAUCUUCAGACAAGCCGAAAGAGAAUGGAGUUUUCUCGGAGAUGGAUGCUGACCAACCUCAAAAAGUAUAAGGCUGUUUAUCUCAUGACGCUUGCGGGUAUAUUCAUGUUCUCUAUUGCUUUCGAGUGGAAAAUGAUUUGGGUGAUGUUGACUUGGUUGUGUAUCUACAACACAAUUGAGUCUGUCGAUUUUCUGGAUAAAAGAGUCGAGUUUGGUGGUAUCAUCUCGGAGACGAUUAUGAUCGCAAUUAUAAGCGAGGGUGUUGCUGUCAUGCUUGACAUUGGUGGUAUAGCGCUGUGUGUUGCUAUUGGGUCGCUUACAUUUUUGGCUUUCCACGCCACAAUCACAAGACCAGGAAUACCAGAAAUGAUUAGAAAAAGGUUUGAGAGAAGACAAAAAAGACACAGAAAGGAGGCGGAAGAUUUGGUGUUUGAAAGACUCAAACUCGAAAACCAAAAAAGACAGGUCAAUCUCCAAAUUAAAGAAAUCGUCCCCAUUAUUAAGGCUUCGAAGGAAACAAGACAGAGGUGCAAAACAAUUUCUAAUAAAAUUAAAAUGAACGAUGAGUUCAAAAACGCCUGCUUGAAAAGGAAACUUGACGAGAAAGAACUCAUUGCACAAGUUGUCGACAAGAACGUGUUCAAGAGAGAGUUUGCAAGGAUGUGGAAGGUCACACCCCUGAACCGAGUCGACUAG